AUGAUCUGUAGCAGCAGCGUUUCAGGGAUUAUGGAAAAUCUCGACACGCGUCUGGCACCAGGUUUCCCCUUAACGUCCUUGUUCCAGCACCAGCGAAUGUGGUUGUUCUCCGGUCUGCUGGCACCUUUGCCUGUGUGGGGGCCGCACAGCCUCUACCGGCUGUCCUCCCGGCAGGGGAACCGCCUCUCCCCGCUAAGAAUCAAGGAAUUUGUGAAACAUUUUAAACCCACCACUACCAGAGUAGCAAGGUCACAUAUUCAAUGCGACAACUGCCAGACUGUGGGCCCCCAGCAGCCUCGUUCCCUGAGAGACCUGAAUCUGUGCGCGUUCAUUUCGAAAGGACUCAGUAGGCAAGUGAGGAGUGUUGACUGGCCAAAGAUGUUUUGUUUUCUUGUCACCUCCGUCUUUUCUAUCAAACCCCUCAGGAACGUGAAAUCCGGAAACUUCUCAGCUACUACAGAAUUCCUCCUCCUGGGACUGUCAGAGGAUCCACAGCUGCAGCCCCUGCUAUUCUGUCUGUUCCUGUCUAUGUACCUGGUCUCUGUGUUUGGGAACCUACUCAUCAUCCUGGCCAUUGUGUAUGACUCCCACCUCCACACGCCCAUGUACUUCUUCCUCUCCAACCUGUCUUUUGUUGACAUCUGUCUCACCUCCACUACCAUCCCAAAGAUGCUUGUGAACAUCGAGACACAGAGCAAAUCCAUCAGUUACACAGGCUGCCUCACCCAAAUCUGCUUCGUCCUGACUUUUGCUGGAUUAGAAAAUGGAAUUCUGGUAAUGAUGGCCUUUGAUCGAUUUGUGGCCAUCUGUCACCCAUUGAGGUACAAGGCCAUCAUGAACCCCAAGCUCUGUAGGCUGUUGGUUCUGCUGUCUUUCCUCAUUAGUGUUCUGGAUGCCCUUCUCCACACUUUGAUGGCACUGAGGCUUUCCUUCUGCACAGACCUGGAAAUUCCCCACUUUUUCUGUGAAUUAGCUCAUGUCCUCAAGCUUGCCUGUUCUGAUAUCCUCAUCAAUAACAUCCUUGUGUACUUAGUGACCAGCCUGUUGGGUGUUGUACCUCUCUCUGGGAUAAUUAUCUCUUACACUCAAAUUGUCUCCUCUGUUCUGAAAAUCCCAUCAGCUGGUGGAAAGUAUAAGGCAUUUUCCAUUUGUGGGUCACACUUAAUAGUUGUUUCCUUGUUCUAUGGGACAGGUUUUGGGGUAUACCUGAGUUCUGCAGCUACUCACUCCUCCCGGAAGAGUGCAAUAGUAUCAGUGAUGUAUACCGUGGUCACCCCCAUGAUGAACCCUUUUAUCUAUAGUCUGAGGAACAAGGACAUGAUGGGGGCUUUGAGGAAGCUCAUCUCUAGAAUAUCAGCUUCCCAUUAA